CCUGCGAACCCUCUAGUCGCGACACGCGCAGGCGCGCAGCUAGCCACCUGCAGCGAUGGCGAGCAGCAACCACCGCCGCCGCGUCCCCGUCCUCCUCGCCGCCGCGGCGGCCCUCCUCGUCGUCCUCCUCCCUGCCCCCGCCGCCGCCACCGACGUCGAGUACUGCAAGCAGGGACGGGACUACCCGGUGAAGGUGAGCGGAGUGGAGAUCGUCCCCGACCCCGUCAUCAGCGGGCAGCCGGCCACCUUCAAGAUCUCCGCAUCCACGGAUAAAAGCAUCAGUAAGGGAAAGCUGGUGCUAGAUGUCAAGUACUUCUUUUUCCAUGUCCAUUCAGAAAGCCAUGACCUCUGUGACGAGACAUCUUGCCCAGCAACUGGUGAAUUUGUGCUAGCCCACGAACAGACCUUACCAUCAAUCACCCCACCAGGCUCUUACACAAUCACCAUGAAGCUGCUAGACGACGCCAACAAGGAACUGACCUGCAUCUCGUUCGGCUUCAGCAUCGGGUUCCUUUCACCUCUUUCUAUCAUCUAAAUGUAACUGUAGUUGCAAAUGUACUUGCUCAACUCUCAGUCCUUCCUACGUGUUCCACUAAACCUGUUUUAAUCACCCAAAUUUGAACAUGUUACUACUUCUGGUGUUAUGGAAGAACUGCAGCUACUUGCCCCCAUAUAUUCAGCAGUGCCCGUCGUUGAUCUGUU